AUUUGAUUGACAGUCUGACCCACUUAGUUAUUUGGUGCCACUUUAAAUGCUGCAGAAAAAGAUUAACUUCACUCAGUGAACAUAAAGAAAAGAAAAACAAAAGGCCUGACAAUAUAUAUAUUUCCAGAUUAGUGGUUAUUUGUUAUCCGAUUAUACUCAAAUUUGUUCAUUGUUCUGCACAUUUUUAUCGUCAUUUGGUGCAGCUGUUUGUGAGCUUUCAACUGCAGAUCCCAAUCCAUAUUUAUGGAUCAAGCAACUGAGUCCCAUGGGCCUUAUGGUUCUAUAUUGCCUGAAAACUAUCGAUUGCUACUUGGAGCUGGUGAACGUAUCACUGAAAUUAGGAUAAGGUAUGCACACAUUGUUGAUGCGAUUGAGUUCGUGAUAGCUAAACGAGAUGGGAGUAUAACCAAUGAAAAGUUUGGUGGUGGUGGUGGAAAAGAAUCCGAGAUUGUGCUACAAGAUGGUGAGUAUAUAACAAGAAUUAGUGGUAAAUAUGGGUACGAUAGAGGUCGCAACCAACAAGAAAUCGUCACACUGAAAGUACACACCAAUUUAUGUAUGGAGGGAUAUGGACCGUAUGGACAAGGGUUGGACGUUGAAACUGCUUAUGAAUUUUCAUCACCAAUAUUGAUCAACAAACAUAUAAUAGGGUUUUUUGGAAGACACAACAAUGUUCUCGAAUCCAUAGGGGUUCUCUUGCAAAAGCGGAACUUGAUUGAAUCAUAUGGACCAUAUGGUUCUAAACUCCCAAAUAACUUUUGCAUGGAACUUGAAGAUGGUGAACGUAUAACUAAAAUCAAACUAACACACGGAUGGAUUAUGGACUCUAUUGGGUUUGUGAUAGCUAAGCCAGGGAAGGGUUUCACCAAUGUAAAUUUUGGUGGUCGUGGUGGGAGUCAAUCCGAGAUUACAUUAAGGAAUGGUGAGUACCUAAUCAGAAUUAGUGGUACAUAUGGAUAUGAUAGAAGUCGAAAGCUAGAUGAUAUUGCCUCCCUCAAGAUACACACCAAUCUGUGUCCCGCGGGAUAUGGACCAUACGGACUAGCUUGGGAUAUCGAAACUGCCUAUGAUUUUUCUUCACCACACCUAAUUGACGGCCCUAUUGUUGGAGUUUUCGGGAGGAGCAACAACCAUCUCGAAUCCAUUGGAGUUCUCUCGAAAAAGGGCCAAGUGAUCGAGUCAUUUGGACCCUAUGGAUCUCAUUUACAACAAAAUUAUUGCAUGCAAGUUCAAGAUGGUGAACGUAUCAUUGAAGUAAGAAUAUCACAUGGAUACAUUGUAGAUGCAAUUGGGUUCGUGAUAUAUGAUUCACGGGUGAGUUCCACCAGAAUUGUAAAGUCCGGUGGUGAUAGCCAAGAGGAAGCCAAGAUUACACUCAAGGAAGGUGAAUACUUGACAAGAAUUAGUGGAACAUAUGGAAACAAUAAACACAAGAAAAAUGAAUGUGUUAUUGCAACAUUGAAGAUACACACCAACUUAUGUCUAGGUGGAUAUGGAGCAUUUGGGCUAGGAAUAGAUGUUGAUAUCGUACGUGAUUUUUCAUCACCAAUUCUAAAUGAUAGCCCUAUUGUCGGAAUUUUCGGAAGGACCAACACUCAUGUUGAAUCCAUUGGAGUGUUGAUAAAAAAGGAAUUCCUAUCCUCUAGUUGAUGAUGUUGAAGUCAUUGGCAUCUGUAUUUGAGCCCACUUUUUAGCUUUCAGCAAAAUACAGUAUUACCGGUUCUUAUUAAUUACUACACUUGCAUGAUAACUGUUAUCAAUCAAAUAUUAUUUUAAUUUUUAUUCAUUUUAAUGCAUAAAUUUUUAUAAUUUUCACAUGGA